AUGGCCUUCAAACUGAAGGAAUUCAAAACGAGGGAAUCGCUUCUCACUGUCCUCUUCCGUGAAACGGAAAUGAGCGUGGUCUACAACAUUUUCGCCGGCACCUUCAUCCUUUUCUUCCUCAGAGCUCUGAUUGAUGACAUCUUCACACAUGGCAUGCCAUUCCAUCAUUUCUGGCUUAUCGGAUGGAAUUUCAAACAUUUUCUACCAACGAUGCUUGUUUGGUCGCUGAUGUUUCUUUCUACAUUUUUGCCCUACGCGACAUUCAAGAUUUGGGCACACGCCCCUGCUAAAGUCGUUAGCGUCAAGUCUGAGCUUCCAAUGCUCACUGCUUACAUCGUUUAUCUUACAACAUUCUUCUAUUUCCCCCUUAAAUUUCUAUUCUCCUGGGAACUCAACUGUGCGUGCUCAUUCAUAAUUACAUGCGAAACGACACGAAUCGCUAUGAAACUGCACUCGUUUCUGCGUGAGAAUAUGCCACGGGCUAUCGCUAGGAAGACAAGCGGAGCAGUAGUACAGCCAGGCACCAUUUCUGAAUGGCCCAGUGUGGAGCAAUACGUGUACUUCAUGUUCUGUCCGUCGUUCAUCUACCGGGAUGAAUAUCCGAGAACUGAUACAAGAUGCCUCAAAAAGGCAGCUGUGCACUUUCUCCAUUGCUUCAUACUGAUCGAGUUUGUCAAUUUGCAAUUCACACAUAUACAACCUUAUCAGUACGCAGUAUCGUACUUUCGUUAUUCGCCGGUAUUGUACCAGGCAUUGUGUGCCUUGUUCUCGCUAUUUUAUGGUCUUUUACACUCAUGGUUGAACGGGUUCGCCGAGCUGAUGCGUUUCGGUGAUCGGCAAUUUUAUAUGGUCAGUUUAUUUAUUAUGUGUAGACAAAGUACAAAUACA